UGUGAGUCCUGCUUGCUGUAGGCUGCAGAAUGAACGCAGUUGCUUUCCUCUCGGUCUGAGAGGCAGCUGCUUUUUUUUCUUUUUCUUUAAUUUAUUUAUUUUUUUAGUUUGUUCUUCCUUUCCUGUGCCAGACAUCAGUAGGAAUCACUGCAGUUUUUUUUUUACCCUUUUACUCACGGUUCUUUUUGGACCUCCCUCCCACUCUUGUGUUAUUAUUUUUGUGCCUGGAAGUACCAUGCCGGUGGUUGGCGUAGCCUCCAAGCUCAGGCAACCCUCCGCGGUGGGCACCAAGCCAGUGCAUACUGCUCUCCCCAUCCCCAGUGCGGUCAGGGCAGCCACUUCACAGGGCUACAUGGCCAGGCAGCAGGAGUUCAGGACAGGUGAGGGCGCCCCGAGGCUCUCCUGCCAGCUGUCAAUCAAGUCUGAGUACCAACAGGAGAGUACGGCUGAAGGCAAGUCCAGAGCUGCGACGGAGGAGAGCAAGAUCUGCAAGAUUUACACAGACUGGGCCAAUCAUUACCUGGCCAAGUCCGGCUGUCAGCGCCUCAUCAAGGACCUGAGCCAGGACGUCACCGAUGGAGUCCUGCUGGCACAGAUCAUCCAGAUCAUAGCGAAUGAGAAGGUGGAGGACAUCAAUGGCAGCCCCAGAAGCCAGUCGCAAAUGAUCGAGAAUGUGGACGCCUGCCUCAGUUUCCUGGACGCCAGAGGAGUGAAUGUACAAGGGCUCUCAGCAGAAGAGAUCAGGAAUGGCAACCUAAAGAGCAUCCUGGGUCUCUUCUUCAUCCUGUCACGUUACAAGCAGCAGCAGCAGCAACAGCAGCAGUACUACCAAUCCCUGGUGGAGCUCAGCCAGCAGACCAGCAGCCCCGUACCGUCCUCCAGCAGCCUCAAGACACAAGAGAUGCAGUCCAGUCUCACAGCACGAUAUGCAAGUCCUCCAGGCCACAGUGGAAUAGGGUCACCACAGAAGAAAAACACAAGGUUACCAGGCCCCUCCAGAGUACCUGCUGCAGGCAGCGGGGCAUCCAGGAGCCCGGGCUCAUCCAACCUCAACCGGCGCAGCCAGAGCUUCAACAGCAUCGACAAGAGCAAGCCUCUUCAGUAUGCCAGUGGCAACGACAGAGAAGCGGUGAGGGGUAUCCCGGCACCCGGCGGGAUGAAUGGGAGCAGUAUUGGUGGGACGGUUCCCACCAGCCUCAGCGGGCAGCAGCUGGCCUCUGCCAUCCCCUCACCCACCGCAGGCAAGUCCUGGCGCAGCAAGUCCAUGAACCUCAAGCACAGUGCCACUUCGUCCAUGCUGGCAAGCCCCACGAACUCACCGUCCCCCACCCAUUCACCCCAGGCCUCUGAAGGCCUUCUGCCGCAUGGAAGCGAUGGGUCUAAAGUCGGGUCCACUGGCGGUGGUGGAUCCCAGAGGUCCAUGCUGGAGAAGUUCCGCCUCAUUAACCCUAGAUCUGCUUCACGAGCGUCACCGUCUGUGGCCGAGAUGGCUCUGCAGGAGGAGGAUGACCUGUCGGAGUACGGUGAGGAUGGAUUGACGCCGAUGGGGCCGAUGUGCAGCAGUGGCAGUAGCAGUGCUUCGGCCAAGCAAAUGCCCACCAAGGCACCUGCAUCGUCCCUCACUGCACCAAGCAAGACAUCCUCCUCUUCCUCCCCCUCCUCUUCAUUUUCAAAAGCGUCUGCCAAUGGCAGCAGGUCCAUGGCCCAGUCCAAAGACAAGGAGGACAAAAGCAAGUUUGGGAAAUCUUCUAAGGACAGCUCUCCAGCCAAAGAGGAGCGCGAGUCAUAUACUGACUCCACCAAGAAGACCUCCAAAAUUGCCAGCCUCAUCCCCAAGGGAGGGAAGCCAUCAUCUGGAAAGAAAGAUGGCGGCGCCUCCUCAGCUUCCACUGGCAUCCCAAAGCCAGGACUUAAAGCUCCCUCUACCACGACGUCCAAGCCUCAGACUCAGUCGCAGAGCCAAAGCCAGGCGGCCUUAAACAGCAGCGGCAACAUGCGGGGUGGAGAGGGCGAGAGGGCCAAGCUGACGAAAGGAGGGCAGGGUGGGAGUUUCUACAUACAGCGCUCCAUUGGGGGCCCAGAGGGCAAAAGGACCAGCAUGACCUCCUCCACCAGCACCUCAGCCCUGUCUGGGUCCAGUGGGAUGCUGGGAGGAGGAGGGGUUGGAGGAGUAGGGGGAGGAGGAGGAGCGCUUGGAGGGAACGGAGUCGUUCAGCUUCCUCAGCAGCAGCAGCACAACCACCCAAAUACUGCCACUGUGGCCCCCUUCAUGUACAGGACAUUCUCAGAAAAUGACUGCACCAUGGUGGCCCCAGCCGACCCCUGCCUCAGCCCCACCAAGGGAGAGCUGGUCUACAGCAAGACAGCCAAACAGUGCCUGGAGGAGAUAUCAGGAGAGGAUCCCGAGACGAGACGCAUGAGGACGGUGAAGAACAUCGCUGACUUGCGGCAAAACCUGGAAGAAACCAUGUCCAGUCUACGGGGUACCCAGAUCAGCCACAGUACACUAGAAACAACCUUCGACACCACGGUAACCACUGAGGUCAAUGGGCGUAGUCUACCAGCCCUCACCACACGCUCCUCCCCCAUGGCCUGGCGUCUGGGCCAAUCACAAACCCCACGUCUCCAGGCAGGCGACGCCCCCUCAAUGCCUAGCAGCUACGCUGCGCCCAGGGCGAGCACGACGAGCGCUGGCACUACCACAGGCCGCUACAGUGGGCACUCGGACCCCUCCAGGUUUGUGUACAGCGCCCCCCUGAGGAGAGCAGCAGCGGCAGCAGGGGCUAGGGGGGCGGAGCAAGGGGAGAAGGGAGGAGGAGGAGGGCUGGAAGGAGGGAAGCAGAUGGAGGUGGCAGGGUACAUGAGUGAUGGGGACAUCCUAGGGAAGAACGGCCGGAUGGAUGAGAUCACUAGCGGAUACCUUACAGACGGCGGCCUCCAUCUGUAUGCGCGGAACGCAGGCCGAGCCUCAGACGUGGCUUCUUCUCGAGAAAUAUCCCAGAGAGGGAGCAAAGAGGUGCAGGGCGACAUAGACAGUUGGGACGACAGCAGCUCGGUAAGCAGCGGCUUGAGCGACACGUUGGACAACAUCAGUACGGAUGAUCUGAACACCCCCGCCUACUCAGCUGUCAGCUCAUCACGCAAAAGCAAGGGAGUGCAGUCCCAGCGAGGAGGCAGGUCCAAGCAUGCAGAGCAGGAGGUGAGCAGCAGCUGGGCCGGAGCCGAGGACCUGAAGAAGGUGGAGGAGGAGCUGGACGCAAGCAUGGACCCCGGCAGCGGCUCCUCCCGCUGGAAGCCUUCCGCAUCCUCCUCUUCAUCUCAAGCCCAGGGCCAGUACGAGGACGCCGGCCAGAAAGCCGCUGCGCUGGCCCAGAUGUCCCAGACAGGCUCAUGGAGGAGGGGCAUGACGGCCCAGGUGGGCAUUACUCCACCCAGGAGCAAGGGUACCUCUGCUGCCCUCAAAACACCAGGCAAAACCGAUGAUGCUAAGGCCUCUGAGAAGGGCAAGGCGCCUUCCAAGAGUUCAGCUGGCAUCCAGCGCUCACCUUCAGAUGCUGGGAAGAGUAGUGGAGAUGAAGGUAAGAAACCUCCCUCUGGCAUUGCACGCCCACCAACCACUGGUUCUUUUGGAUACAAGAAAAUCCCUGGUCCCACUGGUACCCUAAUCACCUCCAGUGGUGCAACGCUCGCCAGCGGCUCAGCCACCCUGGGCAAGGCGCCCAAAUCUUCAGCUGCCCUCGGCAAAGGCACAGGCAUCGGUGGUGUGCGUAAGACCAGCCUUGAUGGCUCACAGCCCCAGGAUGACGGCGUUCUACUCAACUGCAGUGGCUCCAAAUUGACCCUGCAGUACCGCUCUCUACCCAGACCUGCCAAAUCCUCCAGUGGGGGCGCAGCAGGGCGCAGCGGGCAUCGCUCCAGUUCCAGCAGCAUCGACUCAAACGUUAGUGGCAAGUCAGCUGGAGGGGCAGCGACACAAGCGGGUGCCAAACGCAGGGACGGAAAAGUGGGCUCAGACCGCUCCAGUCCCAUCUCCAUUAACCAGACAGACAAGGAGAAAGUGGCGGUGUCAGACCAGGACACAACAGCAGGUCUGUCCACCUCCCCCAAGUCCAGCCCUACCUCCAGUUCAACAGGCCAAUCAGGCCUCAGGCAGCCUGGCUCCAAGUACCCCGACAUUGCUUCUCCUACGUUCCGCAGAUUGUUUGGCACCAAAGCCAGCAGCAAGGCCAGCUCUCCGGGCACGCCCGACUCUGGCAAGUGCCCCUCAAUAUUGGGCAGCCCCCACGGCACGCUGGCAAGGCAGGCCAGUCUGGACUCGCCCUCCUCUGGCACGGGGAGCCUGGGCAGCGCUGGCGGCCUGAGUGGUGGCAGCAGCCCACUGUAUGGUAAAACCCCAGACCUGUGCACUGACUCCCCAGCUUCCAGCCCGGCCUCUGGCCUCUCCCUGCCCUCCAACGCUCGGCCCUGGCCUGCCUGUAGCUCGUCAGCUGGCAGCAAGGACACACUGAGCUGCCAAAGCAUGACCAGUCUGCACACCAGCUCUGAGUCCAUUGAUCUGCCGAUGGGCCACCACGGGCCCAAGGUUACACGAACCGGCAGUGUCAAGUCCACCCUGUCUGAAGGCAUGCCUCUUGACAGAAACACGCUUCCCAAAAAGGGAUUAAGGUACCCUCCGUCCUCCCGACAGACGUCCCAUGAGGAAGGGAAGGAGUGGUUGAGAUCCCAUUCAACAGGGGGCCUUCAGGACACAGGGAGCCAGUCCCCACUGUCUCCACCUGGAGCUUCCUGCACGACUACUGGAAAAUACCACUACUCCAACCUGCUGAGCCCCACUAACAUCAGUCAGUAUAACCUGCCACCAGGCAGCAGCAGCAUGAGUCGCUCCAACAGCAUCCCUGCCCAGGACUCCUUUGACCUAUACGGAGAGUCACCCACUGGUGGCAGCGCAACCUCGCUGGAGGAUCGACCACGGGCCAUCAGCCGCUCCGGCUCCUUCAGGGACAGCACUGACGAAGUCCAUGGCUCUUCAUUGUCUCUGGUCUCCAGCACGUCUUCACUGUACUCUGCGACGGAGGAGAAAGCACACUCAGAGCAAAUCAGAAAGCUGCGUCGGGAGCUGGACGCCUCUCAGGAGAAGGUGGCAACCCUGACAUCUCAGCUGGCUGCCAACGCACACCUGGUGGCAGCCUUUGAGAAGAGCCUGAGUAACAUGACCUGCCGCCUGCAGAGCCUCACCAUGACUGCUGAACAAAAGGAGUCUGAGUUGGCUGAGUUGAGGGAGACCAUAGACAUGCUGAAGACCCAGAACACAGACGCCCAGACUGCCAUCCAGGUGGCGCUCAACGGCCCUGACCACCUAAACAAAGACCUGCGAAUUAGACGGCAGCACUCGUCAGAAAGUAUGUCCAGUAUCAACAGCGCAGCCAGUCACUCCAGCAUGGGCAGUCUGGGCAAGGACGCCGAGGACAAAAAGAAGAAGAAGAAGAGCUGGGUGGCUGAUUCCAUCCCUGCUCAGUUGCGCAGCUCCUUCAAGCAGGCGUUCAGCAAGAAGAAAACCAAAUCCCAGUCAGCCCAUGACGAGAUGGAGGAGAUGAGCGACUCGAUGCCGUCCUCGCCCAAACUGCAGCAUGACAACAGGCAGGGCAGCAUUGCCACGCUGCAUUCUUCACCCUCCACCACAGAGCUGUGCGAAUGCACCGAAGCUGAGGCGGAGAUCGUCCUCCAGCUGAAGAACGAGCUGAGGGAGAAGGAGCUCAAGUUGACAGACAUCCGCCUGGAGGCGCUUAGCUCGGCCCACCACCUGGACCAGAUCCGAGAGGCCAUGAACCGCAUGCAGAAUGAGAUUGAGACGCUGAAAGCAGAGAACGAUCGUCUGAAGUCCAGCGGGAACGCCACGCCGACAGCCACGCCCGUCAAGACCGCCAGGCCGCCCUCCGAGACCUCCAGCACAUCCUCCUCCUCCUCGCGUCAGUCCUUGGGGCUAUCACUCAAUAACCUCAACAUCACCGACACCAUCAUGUCAGAUAUUCCGCUAGAUGACAGCUACGAGGGCAAUCUACGCAAAGACGGCCGGAGUGUGCGAAUAGUGGUUACCAUCAGCAGUGGGCCAAAAACCACCAAGGGUAAACAAAGCCAGGAUUACCUGAUUGGGUCUAUAGGUGUGAGUGGGAGGACCAAGUGGGAUGUCCUGGAUGGAGUCAUUCGACGCCUCUUCAAGGAGUAUGUGUUUCGGGUGGACCCUCUAACCAGCUUGGGUCUCAACUCAGACAGCAUUGUCUGCUACAGGAUGGGCGAAGUGGUUCGCUCCCACGCCUCCGAAGUGCCUGAGCUGCUGCCCUGCGGCUACCUGGUGGGCGACAACAACGUCAUCAAGGUCAACCUCAAAGGUACUGAAGAGAACAGUAUAGACAGCCUGGUGUUUGACGCGCUGAUUCCAAAGCCCAUCAUCCAGCGGUACCUCAACCUGUUGAUGGAGCAUCGUCGCAUCAUCCUCUCAGGACCCAGCGGCACCGGCAAAUCCUUCCUGGCCGCCAAGCUGGCCAAGUACAUCAUUUGCCAGAUGGGGCAGGAGGUGACUGAGCACAACCUGGCCAGCUUCAACGUGGACCAGAACUCCAGCAAGGAUCUGCGUCAGUACCUGUCCAACCUGGCAGAACAGUGUAACUCUGAGGACACGGACACGGAGCUCCCCACUGUGGUCAUCUUGGACAACCUGCACCACAUUGGCUCGCUCAGUGACAUAUUCAACGGCUUCCUCAACUGCAAGUACCACAAAUGCCCUUAUGUUAUUGGGACCAUGAACCAGGGAGUUUCCUCCUCUCCUAACCUCGAGCUACACCACAACUUUAGGUGGGUGCUGUGCACAAACCACACGGAGCCGGUCAAAGGUUUCCUGGGCCGUUUCCUGCGGCGGAAGCUGAUUGAGACGGAGAUCCAUAAGAACAUGCGCAGCAAUGACCUCAUUAAGAUCAUCGACUGGAUCCCCAAGACCUGGCAGCACCUCAACGGCUUCCUGGAGGCACACAGCUCCUCUGAUGUCACCAUAGGCCCCCGUCUCUUCUUGUCCUGUCCCAUGGAUGUGGAAGGCUCUCGUGUGUGGUUCACUGACCUGUGGAACUACUCCCUGGUGCCCUACCUGCUGGAGGCUGUCAGAGAAGGGCUUCAGCUGUACGGCAAAAGGGCGGCGUGGGAGGAUCCUUCCAAGUGGGUGAACGACACGUAUCCAUGGAACGCUGCCUCACUGCAGCAGGACGGCCAGUCACUGCUCCAACUGAGGCCGGAGGACGUGGGGUACGAAGGCUACAGCUCAUCCAAGGAGGGGGCCUCGUCCAAGCAGGUGUCUCAGAGUGACACUGAGGGAGACCCGCUGAUGAACAUGCUGCUACGACUGCAGGAGGCAGCUAACUACUCCAGCACGCAGAGCUGCGACAGCGACAGCACCAGUCACCAUGACGACCAGCUGGACUCCUCGCUGGAGUCGGCGUUAUGAGACCAAGAGCUGCGCUGGGAGACCCAGAACCCCUCGGUCGCUACCAGACACCCCUAUAGUGCAGAGAUGUAUGAUAUAUGAAAAGUUUUAUUAUCCAAAAUGGUAUACCAACCGUUUCAAAGAAAACACAUAUUUUUACAUAACAGUGGUGCAAUAUUAAAUCAAAUUAUUGAAUGUUCUAAACAGCAGUAGCCAACUUGGUCCUCAGUGGUUCAAAAUGAUAAACAUAAAAUCAUACAAGUUGGAUUAUUUUAAACACAUUAAACAGUAAUGUUAGCUAGUCAUUUUUUAAUGGAUGUAUGUAUAACAUUUUAGAAUACAACUUUUCAUAUAGGCUAUGUGUAGGCGGGACACGUCUGUAGUUCCUCUGAAGGUGACUUACAAUGAGUAAAUCACCUUUGUGCUUACCCACGAUGAGCCACAGAUUGCACCGUUAUUUUAACUUUGGGUGUCAAUCUGCAUGUGAGGGGGGGGGGGGGGGGGGAGAGAAAGCCGAGAGUUUGACGUGACAAAACUGGAUUUUUCUUUUCCUUAUUUUUUUUUAAAUCCCACAUAUAUCUUCAGAUGUUUACAAUGGGUUGGGGGUGGGUUCUGUUGUUUAUGUCUUUCCUUGUUUACAGAGGUGCUUCUCACACAGACACAGACACAAAUGCACUUACUUACACACAGGCAGCAGGAGGACACUGUCCUUUAAUCAGAGGGCUUUAAUUGGUUCAAGCCCCCAUGUGACCAACAAUCCAGCCUGCCAAAGUGCCCUUGAGCAAGGCACUAUUUAUACCAACCUGGGACCUUGCUCCCUGACCCCACCUACUGAGGGAUGCAAGUAAAAGGAGAAUAAUAAGUGUUUUCAUGUGAUACAAUGCCCUCUGGUGGCCACAGUGGAGACUCACAGCUCUUAGAAAACUGGAUGUAAACAGUAUAGUAAGGCUAAGGCACACUUUUUUUGUCUCAUUGUUUACCACCAUAUCAUCUUAUUUGGGGGUCUUUGCCUUUUCUGAAUAUAAAGACAAUUAUAUACCUCCAUGAUGGCACCAGAUGUGGUUGAUUUGAGACAUUUUCAAAGCCUCUACAGCCCAGCUAGGGGCACAAGAAUGACAUUUUCAUAGCAUACACACACACACACACACACACAACACACACUCACACACAACACAAACAAACACACACACCUCCUGCUCAGGCGUCACUUGAGCCUCAUGGUGCUGGUCUCCUGCCCUGAGCCUCCUCAGUGUCAGGCACUGCCAAGUCGCUCUCUGCUGCCCUGCAUGCCAACAAGCACAACGGCAUUGUCUGUGUGUCAUCCAGCCACAUUGCUACUGUGAAGAAAACGAUGGAGUGCCAAUGUUUCCCUUUGAUUUACUGCCAAAUGUGCACACACACACAACCAUACACACACAGAGACUACAUAACAACGCACAGCUGACCAUGCUUGUAAACUUUGAUUAAGUUGCUUUUGGCCUUCCACACACCACAGUCCAUUUUUUUAUUAUCUCAGAAUGCACAAUGAGAACAGCAGGCAGCGCCUUCUGUUGGCCAACACAGACCUGCACCAGUUGACUGUUCGCUAAACCCUUGACCUCUGUCAAGCUUGGAUUUCUCCACAUGUUAAAGUAGUGUGCAGGAUGGUGAAGUGGUUUGAGAGAUGCUCCUUAUUUUAAGAAUUUGGAAGGUGGGGUCUUCGUUAGCAUUUCCAAACAGCCACAAGAGCCAAAGUUGAAGGAAUAGGUUAAAUGGCGUCUGACGUUAGCUGCAAGUGUUAGCAUGAUCGAGUAACUAGCUCUUUUUUUUAAACGCUCUUUUUUGUAUUUGGGGAUGUUGACACUCCAGCAACCCCAGUCAAUAUUAGCCUGAGAUAGCAUUAGCCAAACGCAGUGCUCACCCUAUAAGCCUUUUCUCUUGUAAUGUUAAAAAGUGAAAAUAUGAACAAGUAUGUAAGAUAAGCAGUCUAACAGAGUUGUGUUAAAUCAGUCAGUCAGUCUGAUCUUACUUUCUUCUCUUAUAGCCUACUUAUAACGCUAGGACUCACUAGCUCUUCUGCAUUACAACAGUGGUUUAUCAACUGCUGAGGGUGCUGACUGUUUACAUGGACAUGCAGCUUUAAUCUCCGUAUUUCAGUAGGAUAUCAUGUCCACCAAGUGUAGCCUAUAUUUAAGACCCAUUUACAAGAUUAUCAUUUUAAAAUGAAUCAGCAGGAAAAAUGAAUUAGUUAGUUGAAUUAGCCAGCUAGCUCCAGCUGAUAAAGUCUGUCGACAGCUAUCACAUCAGCUGACAAAACUGAUGCCUAUUAGCUGAAAAAGGGAAGCCGGCUUUUGUUAACCUCUAUCUGAGAUCAAGGACCUAUUGAUUAAAAAAAAUACUGAUAAUUUGGAGUGGCAAACGUGCUAUUGAUGUCAUUGUAAACUGCAUAUGUGCGAGAAUUGAAAGCUUGAGCGGUGUAGCAACAGUUACGUAGGGGGCAGAGCUUAGCGAACAGUUAAUUGUCGAUAGCUGAGGUCCUGUGUCACGUGCGUCAACCAGCAUGGAGAAGCGGGUGGGGUUUUCUGCAACAGGGAAAUUCUGUAAGAAACAGGAAAGCAACAGACUGACUUUCAAAAAUGUCUAAGGCUUUUACUCCAACAGAUGAGAGCUAUGACGUUAUUUGAUCAAUCAACAAAAUAUCGGUAAUGUUGAAUUAAACAAUGCAAGCCAGCAGUGUCUUGCUUGCUUCUGGUACUCAUUUGAGAGUCUUGUUCAGCAUCUUACCAAAAAAAAGAGAAAAGAAUCCAAAGUAUUUUCAAAUGCAAGUUAACCAGAUCAGCUGAAUAAGGGAACAACGAUACUGGUGCUUUCUCACUGCCUUAAAUGUGCAAAGGUUUGGGAGGCAUCCACUGCUCCCACUGGCCAUAGUGAGAAGAGGAGAUGUUGACGUCAGACGAUGAUGAUCUGCUUCUUGCUAUGUCAAAGAAGCUGCUUGUACUCUUUUGUUUUUUGUCACUCCCUCUUCCUCCAAACCGCCCUUUCUUGUUUCUGACAGUUAAAGUAUAAAAGAGUUGAUGCUGUAUUUGAAAACUUUGAAACUGACCAAUAUUGUAAAAACAUUUAAAAAGGGGUGGGGUAUUUUUCAGUUGUUGUUUUUUGCCCAGUUGAGCUGGGCUCACUUGAACUGACAGGAGCACAACCAAACUGUUUUGGGUUUUCUAGCCUGACGAGCAUGUUUUCAAGCUUUUUAAAGGGGGAUGCAUUGAGAAGAGACCUUUAACGUUAUGUAUGCGUGUAUUGGAUGGAAGCCAUUUUGAAUUUUGAUUGUCCUCUCUUUGUUUAACGAGUGGGUUGGUUUUGCACACUUUGAGGUCGGGGUGGGUUGUAAAUACUUAAGUCUUGCACAGUGAAUCAAAGAUGCAUUCUGCCCUGUUGAUGUAACAAUAUGCUUAAUCCGCUGAGUAAAUUAUUGUACUUUGAAAACAAAGAGAAAAAAAAGAAAUGCAAAAACUCAACACGCUGUCAGAAAGAGGUGUGUGUCUUGUGGUGAUUGGAUGUUUAGCCUAUGCAGGUGGCAAAAGGUGUACAGUAAGAAACUGUUUUUUUUAACUCACUGAAAAUCAGACUGAGAACACAAAAAAGGCACUUUUCCAGUAUUCCCCCAUUCUGUCACUAUAUACUCUGGAUCCUCUCCGUCUUUAGGAAUGCCUGCUGUUUCUUGGAAGCACUUCCUCUCUGGACAUUUUAACCCAAGCUUACCGCCACGUUACGCUUGCCAGCUGUCCGAGGCACUGAAGCUGACCUGACACCGUACUGUAAACAUUUACCAACAACCAACAGGUGCUAAUGGUCAGUCAAAGCCCAUCAUAGACCAAGAAGUCAUGUUGUCACAACCUCAGGACAAUCCUAUCCCCUACAAUCCUACCUGUGUUCAGCUUCACACGUGUCUCUGCAGCCAAGCCUCCGAUGGUUUGAAUCUGGCACACUUGGCCAGCCUUGUGUCCGCAAGUGUGUGUAGUUGUAUGGGAAGGGGGUAGUUCGUACCUAGACUUACACCCACGUGUCAAACCUUAGCUUAGAUCUCCCACAGUUCACCCUCUCAGCUACUCUACACUCCUAUACACCAUAGUGUUGAUGAUCAACUGGUAAUUUUUCCCACUUAACACUUUGCAGUUAAAUCUCAGUUGAAAACCAUAGCAUUUAUUCUGGUUUGAGAGAAAGUUUAAUUCUUUUUGGGUGAAACAUUUGUCCUUAAAUGUUUUAUAUUUUGUACAUUUGUAUGUAACAUAUCAUGUAAAUAGACAGAGACAGUGAUUUAACUCAUCUGGAGGAUUUUGUAGUCUUUGUAAAGCCCUAAUAAAUGGUAUUUGGUGUCACACGAGCAAACAACAUGCUGA